AUGAAGCUCUCACUCUCGACGGCGAUUCACGCCCUUCUCGUUGGAGCGCCCUGUGUGCUCGGCUUCGACCGCACAGAAGAGGUCAUGAGCGACGGCGUCGUCCACGUCACCUUCUCCAACAUCACCAUCCCCGACAUCGUCCCCGGCGACGCCGCAGCGGCAGCUGUGCAGCGGCGCACCAACGACCCGAUCUACACGUACAGCGAGUGCCGCGACGCCACCACCUACUCCCAGACCCGGCGGUACGGCGUGACCGGCCUGCUCGAGUGCGGCGAGCACCAGAAAUGCACCGUCAACCCGGGCCUGGGCGCGCGCAUCUCCUACUCGUGGUGCGGUGCCAUGGACUUUCCGCAGCUGCUCCGGCUGGCCAAGGCGUUCCAGCCGGACCUGCCCUUCGCGAACCCGACGGUGUCGCACCUGUCCUACCCGCUCGACUGGAACGGGCCCGCGAAGAAGCGCGUGUACCUGACGCAGGCGUUCGUCGUGGCGGAGGCCACGUGCCGUCACUGCUACGGCGGGCCGGGCGUCCGGGAGGGCUGGUGCGACGACUGGAUGAAGAGCAGCGGCGAGCUGCCGUGCGACAGGGAGCGCACGUGCUGGGAUUUCGUGCUCAAGGGCGCGGAUUACGAGUGCACCGAGGAGUCUCGCUGCCAGCUGCUGGCUGGCUGA